AUGUCUCGAUCAUCUUUGAGCUUCAUCGAACAACACCUUAUGCUAUCUAUCACCUCCAGGGGAAAGGAUCCGCAUUGGGGUCCGCUGGCACCCUGCCUUAUUGAUGCUCACAAAUCCAAACAGGAGGUAGACUAACCGACACCAGGAGCCAGAAACCUUAUAGCAAUGAGCAAGGAAUCCUACAAAGAUUCGUUCCGGAAACCCGAGGAGUUGCUCCAGUUCGCACAGCUCUCCAGCACGGACAAAGUUUUGGAUGUGACGACCGGAUACGGGUACCUUGCCAAGCACAUGUCCAAGGUGUCGUCCAAGACAGUGGACGUCCAGAAUGGCAGUGAAUGGCGCGGUUUCUUUGAAUCCAUUGGCAUCCAAAAGGAAAUUGCCAGAAUGGAAAAGGAUGGAUCCAUCCAGCACUAUUGGUCUUCCAUGGAGGACCCUGGGCUUGGCAAAGUCAACGAAUACGACUUGAUCACCAUGCAGAAUACAUUUCACGAUCUCUACGAUAUGCCAGUGGACAGGACCAAGUUCUUUCGAUCCAUAAGGACCGCGCUCAAGCCACAAGGUCGUUUCUUGUUGAUUGAUCAUCAGGCCGGCAAGGGUCGUGGGUGCCGCGACGCGGGUGCCAAUAGAGGCCUUCAUAGAAUUGAAGCAUGUGUCGUGCGCGAGGAGCUCGAGCAGAAUGGCUUUCUCGUCACGGCACAGAGCGACAUGUUUGCAUUCUCCAACGACAACUACAGAAGCUCUGCCUGGACAAACCCAAUGAAAAACACGGAUCGUUUUGUUUUGCUCUGCCACAAGGCUUAGUCCUAGAAAACUAUAGUUCAGGUUGAUCCAUUGU